AUCGACCCCUCAAAUAGUCCCGCUCCUCUCAAUACCGACUGGAGAUAUCCUGACUUCAUACAUCAAUUCAAAGUUUAUACGGUAUUGCCUGAAGUCUUCUGCAUAUGCAAAAUCCCGGGUAUGACAUAUCACAAUGUCAAACUGUCUUCCGCUUUACAAGUACCGGUACUGUGCUCUAUGGGCACGGUACUUGAGUAGGGUCAGGGGAACUUUGAACUUUACUCCUCGAGAACCUUAUUUGUACCAGCAACGAAGCAUCGAGUCUUUUUUUUUUUCCCGUGCAGAGAAGAAUAGCCCGCGUCGGGGCGCAUACAGUACCAGUAAUUGAUGCCAAGAGACCUUUUGUCUUAGACGUGAGGAAUUGCUGGCCUCGGCCAUUUAUUCGCUUCCCUCUCAGCACUCUGACUCAUUUAGGCGUUGCGCUCAUACCGGUAGCAUCAGUACAUUUGUUUGUUGCGGCUCUGAACCAUUACCCCGCGCCCCCCUCCCCGUCGAACACUCUUCAUCCCCAUCCAUACGCAAACGCGAAUAAAGACAUUAGGUUUCAAGUUGAACCUUACUGGUAAGUACCUCCUCACCUGCUCCGGCUGAUUCCUACCCUUUCUCUCCGCCGGUUGAAGCUCGUCAUCAGUUGGCGGGCUGGUCCCCGAGCCAAUACCUGGGGUGUAUCAUGAACUUCCGGUAACGGUUCAAGAUGCUAAGUUUUAUUUUAAAAAGGAAAAGAGUGAUCUAAUUCUCGCCUCUCCCGCUUAUCUUCCCGCUACCUCAAAAUUUGAAAAAUCCCUAGUAAGUGAGAAGCAUGAUUGCUGAAGAUGAAAAAUUCUCUGAUUUUGUCGGAGUUUUUCGGACAACAGUCUGGUGUGUGCGUUGAUUUCUUUCUUCUUCUCCGUUCCACCUCCACUUGUGCUCCCCGGAAUAUUUUUGAAGUGAGAAAACAUCUUCCGUUGAACAUGGAGGGGAAGGCGUUGAUGCUUGCUGUUUGUUGGUGAUACAACAUGAUCCUCAAGAACCUGGCUCGAAAAUCGGCUUAUCAUUUUUUUUUCUUCUUCUUCGGUACCGGUAUGCGGGCCGGUAAUGCUUUUUUUUUGUUUUCUUUUUUUUUCUUUUUUCAGCAGUUUAACCCUAACCCACGAGAUUUGCUGACCGUAAUUUCUCAUAGUCCCGCAGAGCACUAGAUUCAUCCAGCAUCGCUCAAACGCCCCGAGUUUUGAACAUGGCAGAGCAUAACCGAACCCCCACCGGGACCUUCAAGAUUCUCUAUUUCGCCUAUGCGAGUACCCAUACAAAGAAAUCUUGGGAAUUGCUCCCAGCGCCGAUGCAGUUAUCCGAGCUCUUUGAGGCUCUCGACAAUAGGUAUCCGAGGAUGAAGGACAAAGUUCUCGGGUCUUGCAUGGUCACAGUCAACUUGGAGUAUGUCGACAUGGACACGGACAAGGAGAAGGAAUUGAAAGUGGGUGACGAGGUGGGAAUUAUCCCGCCUGUCAGCUCAGGAUAACUGUGGAAAGGCGAUAGCGAGGGAAAACAUUCCCGAUAAAACCUGGAGCUAGAUACUGUAGUUUAAUGGUAGUGAGUUACCGCAGGAU